CUGCCUCCUGACCCGUGCGGCGGCACUUCUCUGUGCGCCCAGCCCUCCGGUGAGAAUGGCGCCGUCCGGUGCCGCGGCGGAGGAGGACAGCGACGGGGAGCUCUCGGACUCCGCGCGGGCGGUCCUGGCGCUGCAGCGGGACCUGAAGCGGCAGGACGCCGACGAGGGCCCUGCGCCGAAGAAGGCCAGGCGCGAGGACACCCCUGGCGACAGGGCCGCGGCCGCGCCCGCUUCGCGCGGCGGCUCCGAGCGCGGCGGCCGCUCGCUAGGGGACACGGCAGCCGCGGGGCCAUCACCGGUGUGCGGCUGGGAGAGUUCGCCCCCGGCGCCAAGCCCAGCGCGCCGCGGCCCUUCGCCGCGGGCGGCCCAGGAGGUGGCUUCGGCCAGAGUUUGGAGUCGCUGGCCAGCCGCGUGGAGUCCGACGACGAGAGCGCCCGCGCCCUGCCGGAGGCGCCCGUGGGCUCCUACAGGCGGCGGGACGCAGCGGAGGCCGAGGGGGCGGUGGCACGGGCCGGCGGCAAGCCCAGGGCCAACUGGGCAUCGACGGCAAGGUGUGGGACUUCGUGGGGGCGGGGUCCGAGGAGGCGUCCGGGCAGGGCGCGCUGGAGGGGGAGGAGGGGCAGCCUGUGAAGCGCAGGGCCAGGGAGGAGAAGAGCAAAAAACGGCCGAAGCAGAAGAAGAAGGAUAA